CUGUUCUUGUUGUCUUAUUAAAGGCUGUUGAUCAGGCUGCAACCUGUCUCUUUGUGUGAAGACCGUGGAAGGACUGUAGUAUGGAUUUGCUUACAAUAGAUACUUCCUCCAGCAAAGAGUUCUAAAUUUAGCAAGGGGUACAUUACAGGAAGAGGGUUUUAGAGAGGUGGUCUUGAAGGUUCAUGUUCUGAAGAACCUGAAGGGUAUGGUGUGUGGCAAACUCAUGUGAAGUACUUACAAAUUGAACCCUGAUGGUAUUGCAAAGCCCCAGUUUUAUAUUUCAGCUCAAGGGAUCAGCUUUUAGCACUCAGCCGCUUGAAGCUUACAGUCUUUUCAUGACCACAGCCAUUGGUGAUGGCAUCAAACUGUGGGAUUUGAGAACACUGAGGUGUGAACGUCGAUUUGAAGGACAUAUUAACCGCUGCCACCCAUGUGGAAUAGCUGUCACUCCCUGUGGGCAAUUCAUAGCCUGUGGAUCAGAAGAUAAAAGCGCUUACAUAUAUGAGAUGCGUUCAAGUACCUUUUCCCAUAAAUUGGCAGGACACACGGAAUCAGUGAUCAAUGUGGCUUUUAGUCCCUCGUUUCCACAGCUCACCACAGCCACCUUGGAUGGCAAACUCCAGUUGUUUCUACCUUGAUGCUUGCCAGCCUGUGGAACGCUGGCCUUGGUGCUCUGGAAAUAACAGCUUGCUGAGAGAAAGAAGAUUGGCAACUGUGCAAGCCGCAAAAUAUUCCUUUUUAAAUUACAGUUGCAGAAAUAAUGUCACUUACAUUGGAAAAAUAAGGACAAGAUACAGUGUGGUACAAUUGUACUCAUUCAGGCCUUAGUACAGCAAAGGCUUAAGGAUUUAUGUCAGUGGGGCUACUCACAUGCUUAAAGGUAAGCAUGUGCUGCAGUGCUUGGCUCUAUUGGAGUCUCUUAUCUGUAGAUUGGUGACGCAGUUAAAAUAGAAAGUGAUCCAGGUUUAAAGCUAAAAUUUCUGCCUAUAACUAAAGACUUGAAAUGCUCCUUUUUUUUUUUUUAAAGGAAAGUUCCUCAUUCUUAAUGAAAUGACAUUAGGAGUCAUGUUGGUCCCUUGUUUAUAUCUGUGCAACUCCCAUGAGGUUACUGGAAGUAACUUGGGUAUACCAGAAUUUGGUCCUCAUUACUGAGACAAUCUGAUUUACAUCCAUUUUAUUGCAUUCUGUUAUCCGUUGUACCCAUUCUGUUAAGUUGUUAGGGAAGGGUGAAAAGACUUUUAUUUUAAAGGCUUUGUCUUCACAGAGCUAACUUGAUAUUUUAGUUGGUAAUUUACUUAUGUUUAGUUUUAUUGUGACAGUAGGGGUGUGCCCCAUUUCUAGAAAUAGAACAUUUGAAAAGUAUUGAAGUAGAAAAUUAGUUCUGGGAGAAAGCUUUUGGGGUUUUAUUUUAUUUAUUUAUUUAUUUUUACAAUCUCUAGCUAUGUUUGCCCUAAUCUUUGAAAAUUCUGA